GCACCAAGCGGCUCUCAGUUUACGAUAAACUCAAAAGGGAGACGCAUGUCGCUUUUCGUCUUGUUGUGACCGUGUGCAUGGUGUUAGUGGAAUAACAUAACAGCGAAUUGUUUUGUGCUGUGUUCAAUUAGUGUAGUGCAACGUCGGUGUAACCGGGGUUUCCAAAGUUGUUGUGAUGCAGUUGAGAAUAUACGUAUGGCUGUCUUGUGUAGCCCUCGCAGGAUAUGUUCGAGCGACAGAGGACGGUGCCGCCGGCGUCCAGCCGACGGAGGGAGCGAUCCACAUCCAGCACGACGGUCCUCUCGCAUCCGACAAGGACCUGUUCAUCGACGAUGACGGCUCCGGUCUAGAGAUCGACGAGAGCUCCGGAUCCGGAUCCGGCCCGGGACCCGGCGUCGACGACGAAGACGGGCGUGGCUCAGGUGACGUCCCAGACGUGCCUGAAGAUGACGAGGAUUACGCACGCCUACGCACUACCACAACGGAGGCUCCGAAACCCGAUACGGACGAUUAUCCGGACGCGCCGUUCUUUGCGGAAUCCGAGCCUCCGAUCCCACCACCAGUAGUGCAGCCGAUCGAUGUAGUCAGUCCACGGAUAUUGUCUGGCCCGAGCGAAGGCGACUUCGAGCCGCGCGGCGCGGGGGAGGACCAGCCCUCGCGCCCAGAUCCUGUGCAGAUCAAUAUCUCCGGAGAGACCGUUGACCAAAGCCAAGCAGGAUCCAACUUGGAGCCGGAGACGCGGCCGGCGGACAGCGGCGUGCUCAUCAUGGACACCGCACACGAGGACCGCGCCACCAGCUUCUUCGCGCAACCCGGCAUUCUAGCUGCCGUCAUCGGUGGAGCAGUAGUCGGCCUUCUAUGCGCGAUCCUAGUAGUAAUGUUCAUAGUGUAUCGCAUGAGGAAGAAGGACGAGGGCUCGUACGCGCUGGACGAGCCCAAGCGGAGCCCCGCAGCCGCCUCCUACGGGAAGGGUCACAACAACAGAGAAUUUUAUGCGUGAGACGACACAGAACAUCAAAUGCCACCCGUUUUUUAAAUGACAGAUAAAACAACAUGGCCGCCGUCCGCGCGCCAUUUUGACAUUUCAAAUUUUUGCAUCGACUGAUACGUUCCGAAUCACGUGCACCGAUUUACCCUGUGGCUGAUAUGUUCUGUAGUCGGUUUUCAAACGAAUACAAUUUUCAACAUAAUACCUGUACUGAUUGUACAUAUCUGUACAAACAAUGUACACUCAAAUGUUGUUAAUUAAACGAAAUAUUUAGGUAUGCGUUUGCAUAAAUUUUAAUAUCAUAAAAGACCAAACUUUUAAUAUCGCGAUGUCCGUCUCGAUAGAUUGUCUUCGUUCGAGAUUAAUAUAAGUGUUUGAGUGUAACACUAAGUUUGAAUCUGAAUGGGAGAUCUUGUAAUGUUGUCUGUAUAAAAUGAAUGUGCCAUUCGCUUCUUUUAAUUGUACAUUUGCCAAGUGUCGUAGUUUUUUCUUCAUAGACUAAAGUCUAUGGUCACGUCCAUAUCUCGUUUUUCUCUAUGUAAUAUAAAUCCUAAACUAACCUGUAUUUAGCUAAUUUAUAACAAAAUAUGCUUUAUAGGUUAUAUAAUAGUACUUUCAAAAAUCUUAUGAUUAACUGUCUUAUGUAUGUAAAAGUUUUACGAGGAACGAUUACCGCCAAUUUCAAAAGUUUUAAAAACAGCGCUUGUGUAAUAUUAAAUUCCUUUAGAAUAAAGUUGCACAAUGUGCAUCGACUUUUUACAAUUUUGAUAUAAUUGCUUGUUAUAAUAUAAUGUUUUGCGUAAUAAUAUUUGAUACAUAAAAUUUCUCUAUCGUUUGUAUGUUCCUUUAGUGUGUAGAGAAGUAAUCUUAUACCUUGAAUAUUAUAUAAUAUAAAUAAUAUAAGAUAUUUGGGGCUAAUUAUAAUUACUUGGUCUUUAAUGUUUUUGUCACUUAUUGUUUUUAUCCGUGGCUAUGACUUGGGUGGUUUUUUUAUAUUAAUUUUUCUCUAUUAUUGAUAUAAUACUUUUGUAAUAUAAUGGUUAAUUUAUUUGCUAACAAACAGGUUGUGCAAACCAGUCUUUUUUACAUUAUUUUAUGUGACUUGUGCCAUCUUUAGUAACUUACUCGCCAGUGGCUUCGUUUUGAUAUAUUUUUUGUAAUAAUUUCAGUAUGGUAACACAUUGACAGUUAAUUUAUUUUUAUUUAAAAUAAUUUUAAGCUGGGCAUUAUUUAUCGAAUUCAUACUAUAAGAUUAAAUUAUUACUACAAUUAAUGUUUAAUAUAUAAAACGAAGCACGUAUAAGCAUGGAUACUAUUCAAAGAUUGUAUUUAAGAAGUUCUAAAAUAGAUUUAUCAUAAUUGUUAAGCUAAAUUAAAAUACAAUUAUGUCGACAUUCCCAAAAUCAAUAGUAUGGUUCACAGGCUCACUUAGUGUAAGGUAAUGUAAAUUAUAAUUGUAAAUUCUUUUAAUUAAUAACUACUAAAUGAUGUAAUUUAAUAGUUGUAAUUUACCACCAAAUAAAGAGAUGCUACACUUUUUUAUAUAUUUUUCUUUGGAAUUGAAGUUACUUUAUCAUACAGGUACUAAACCUAUAUGGUAUAUUAAGUACUUUUUUAAUUAUUUUAUUAUAAAGCUUCACAUGUAUUUAGUUAAAUACUUAUCUGUGUAUCUACAUGCGUAUAUAAAAUAAAUGUUAUUGAUAAGCUGUAGAAGUCUUUAUAAAUUAAGAAAUUAAUUUAAUAAAACAGGCUUUUAAUAAUUACGCUCAUUUUAAAUCGACAGAAUUUGCAUUUAAAAUAUAUGUGAAGCUUUGAUUUUUUAUAUUCAUUUUGGAAUUUGUGUUAAUAUUUUAUUAACUUGAAAGGCAGCUGUUUAGUUAUUUAAUGUUCAAUAAUUCUUAAUGAUUCAAUACAAUAAGUGUUUACUGUAUUUCAAACUAAUAAAAAACAAUACAUAUUAUGCGAUAAGAUAAAAAAUAAAAAAUUAAUAGCAUUUUUAUAAAAAAUCUGGAAAAUAGUGUUUUUUAUCAAAACUAACACAAAAUCAAAUUGCUACAUAACAAAUAAAGAGUAAAUAACAUAUAGAAAUGUUUAUGACAGAACAAUAUUGGAGUAUCUUACAAACAUCAUGUUAUCUCGCUCUUUCCCCUUCCUUACAACUCUGUGCGAGCGAGACAGAUCAAUCGAAUAAUAUGUAUUGUAAAUGUCUUGUCUAUUAUCGACUAACUACGUUUUAAGCUAGGUUAGGGUAGACAUAAAUAUAUCGAUGUCCACCUUGUAAAUACGCUCCUUUACACUUAGGUAAAUACACAGGUCAAUAUAAUGAA